GAGUAUUAUAGAACAGUACCCAAGCCUUACAAAAUGAAGCUCAUCGUGCAAGUCUUGUUCGUCGCGGCGAUGUCUUACUCGCUGGAGGCAUUGAAGAUGCCAGCUGUUGGCUCGGGUGAGCUCGCGAAAGAUUUCAACGACUUCUUGAAGUUGGUGCCUAUGAAGCAAGCACUUCAAGUGAUCAAAGCGUACACCGCACAAGACGAAGAGUUCCAGACUAGCAUGGCCGUUAUGAGCUUAGAAGAAGUGAGGGCCUUGGUGUACAACGUAGAGGAAGCACCGCAGGUGUCCAACAUGUUGUACUUCAUGCAAAACGCUGGCCUCGAUGUCUACUACAUACUGAAACGUCUGCACGCGCACAUGAACUUCUUGAACAGCGAAGUACCCUCCGCAGUCGAUGCCCAAAUUAGCGGUGGACUCGCAGGUUUAGAGAGGGACCUGAAAGCUCUGGUGCCCCUCGAGCAAGUAAAAGCUUUGUUGCAGAAAAAGGUGGCCGCUGGCGGCGCGUUCGCCCAAUUCUACAAGCUGUGGAACAACAAUGAGUUCCGCAACUACUACUCCAACUUACACAGGGACGUCCACGUCAGGGUUUUGGUAAGAAUAGCCGAACUCGCUCACGUCAACGGCGUGAUGUUCGAGAAACUUUUCCCGGUGCUCCUCGCGAUCAGACAUUUCGCUGGUUAA